UGUAGGAAUGACCUGCGGUAACCUCGGACAGCAGAAUGAGAGCCUCACUAGUGUGCACCAGCCACCUGUCUGCCUCUCUGCCCAUCUGUCUGUCUGCCUGCAGGCAUUGAUGCUCUGUUGAGCAGAACAGGGUUUCCCAGUUGUGGAUUUCCUCCGUCACAGGAUGCUUCUCUCUCUGAUGCCCAACAUCAUUAUGCAAUAAGGUACGAGAGAUUUUACAAGUACACACACACACUAUACAUCCACAAUGUACAGAAAUGAUUUUAUGAAGAGGUACAAAUUAAAAUGAUUAAGGACACAUACAGUAUAUUAAUUAUUAAGCUAAAUUUGAUUAAUAUUUCAUUGCUGGCCUAGAAGAUAGAAAACGUUUGAGAUAGUUGGAAAUGAAUGUAAAGGCUACUGUUUAUACUGUAUGUUGUGGUCAUACAGACAUUCUCAAACAUUUGAAAUAAGAACUUUUUGUCAUCAGUGGGGGUAGUAAAUGAUGUUCACACCAGACAUGUUCUCUUGUUUUUUUAGCCUAUGUAAACAUGCAUUAAAGAAAUCACUGACGGCUGCAUCAUUACAGUUUGAUUUGGUAAUUUUGUGAAAUAAAUUUUAAAAUGCAAUCAUGUUACAAAUUUGCCUCCCACAUUUAAAGACAAUUCCAUUUGAAUGUAUGUAAGCAUCAUGCAGUACAGUAUAUUACACAAAACUCUGUACAGUACAAAAUGUCUCUGUCCACACAGUAACCUGAAAAGAUGUAUCCUUGUAAAAACGCAACAGUCGUGUUCUCGGAUGCAUGAACGCGCAUUUUUCCGCUUUGUUUUGCACGUUGUUCCGUUGUUUGUUUCUCGGCACCGGUGAGAGUCGCUCGUCGUCCCGACGGCUUUCACCGGACUUAGAUUCCGACACACACACAAACAGAAUGAGAGAGGAGGAGGGCUGGUGUGAGAGAGAGAGAGUGCAAAGGGGGCAGGACUCUUUCUCUCUCUCUUUCUCUGGUGCUUUUAAGAGGAAACUUUGUGUUUUGUUCUACAAGUUCACUUUAGUUCCUCCACGUCUAUUCUCGCGCCUCUCUCGUGUUUAUUUUGUAGAAGAUGCGCACGCGGACAAAUGGACCCGUUUCCUAAAUUCGUCUUAAAUAUCUCAUGCAUGGAUUGCAAAAGUCUUUGACUAAACGACACAUUGGACUAAACCACAUUUCUCCAUCGGAUUAAAUCAUGUGGCGGAUUGUUUUGUUGUGCUGCGCGCUGUCCGAUGCGUUGCGCGCAUCUGGCUCCGUUGCGUUCAGCGCGUUCUCUACACCUGCCAAAGCGUCCUUGCGCACACCUGCCCACCGGACCGGCGGCGUCGUGCGCACUGUGGAUCGGAUAUAUCACGGGGGAGGGAAAGCGGGUUAUCUGUUAUACAUGGACGGCAGGCGGUUUCAGUUGGAUAUGGAGCGGGAUGAGUCGAUAUCGUCCCGUUACUUAAGCACUGGAGAGGACGCACCGCCGCUGCGCCGGGAAUGCGUUUACCGCGGAACCGUGAACACAAACGCAGAGUCUCUGGCGGUGUUUAGUCUGUGUGGCGGUGGACUUCAGGGGUUCUUUGCCGUGGAUCACGCCCGGUACACCAUCACGCCUCUCAUACGGGCAAAAGGACACGAGAACGACGUGCGUAUAGUCGAGGAUGCUGACGCGACGCACUCUCUCCACUAUUACACCCGCGAGCGCUUCAGUUUCAAAGCCAUGCCCGAGCUGCACAGCUGCGGCACGCGUGACGCGAAAAAACGCAAACGGACGCGCAAACCCCCCCGUCACGGUGAGGAUGAUUACGCGCGUGGACGAAACUGGUGGGCAAAGUUCGUCAAGUCAGACGCGACGAAGCGACGCAAAAGGUCCGUGUCUCGCGCCCGGCACGUGGAGCUCCUGCUGGUCGCGGAUGACACUAUGACGAAGAAAUACGGGAAGGACCUGCAUCACUACCUGUUGACGCUCGCAUCAAUCGCGUCCAAACUAUACGGUCACGCCAGCAUCGAAAACCCCAUUCGCUUGUCAGUGGUAAAGGUCGCGGUUCUGGUCGAGGGCGAGAAGGGGAUUGAUGUCUCCAAAAACGCAGCGGCGACCCUCAAGAGUUUCUGCAAGUGGCAGAACCAGCAGAACCCCCUGGAUGAUGACCACCAGCAUCACCAUGACGCCGCCAUCCUCUUCACCAGGCAGGAUCUGUGUGGACAUCAUUCAUGCGACACUCUCGGCAUGGCUGACGUGGGCACCGUGUGCUCUCCAGAGAGGAGCUGUGCCAUCAUCGAGGACGACGGGCUGCACGCGGCGUUCACCGUGGCGCACGAGAUCGGACAUCUUCUGGGCCUGUCUCACGACGAUUCCAAGUUUUGUGAGGAACGCUUCGGCGCCACUGAGGACAAGCGGCUCAUGUCAUCCAUCCUGACCUCCAUCGAUGCCUCCAAACCCUGGAGCCGCUGUACGUCGGCCACCAUCACAGACUUCUUCGACGACGGCAACGCCGAGUGUCUGUUGGAUUCCCCUCGCCAGCCUCUGUUGGGUCCAGAAGAGCUCCCCGGUCAGAGUUACGACGCCGCCCUUCAGUGCCGUUUAGCCUUCGGCCCGGAGUACACCGUGUGCCCGGGCAUGGACGUGUGUGCCCGUCUGUGGUGUGCUGUGAUCAGGAAGGGCCAGAUGGUUUGUCUAACCAAGAAACUUCCGGCUGUAGAAGGUACACCGUGCGGCAAGGGAAGAAUCUGUCUGCAGGGGAAAUGUGUGGACAAAACUCGCAAGAGACACUAUUCGACGUCUAACCAUGGGAGCUGGAGCUCAUGGGGUCCAUGGGGUUCGUGUUCUCGCACAUGUGGCGGCGGCGUCCAGUUUGCACAUCGUCUCUGCAAUAACCCCCCGCCACGCAACAACGGGCGCUACUGCAUGGGAAAGAGAGCCGUCUACAGGUCCUGUAACGUCAGCCCGUGCCCACCAGCCGCUAAGAGUUUCAGACAGGAGCAGUGUGUGCUCCGGAACGGCCCUCAAACAGACCCUAAAGGAGUGAAGACUUUCGUUGAAUGGGUACCAAAGUAUGCAGGAAUUCUUCCUAAAGACAUGUGCAGGUUGACCUGCCGAGCGAAAGGGACGGGAUACUACGUGGUGUUCUCCCAGAGGGUGAUUGACGGGACAGAAUGCCGGCCGCACAGCAGCUCCGUGUGUGUUAAAGGAAAGUGUGUGCGCACGGGCUGCGACGGAAUUAUUGGCUCUAAACUUCAGUUUGACAAGUGCGGCAUCUGCGGGGGGGACGGAAACAGCUGUAUCAAAGUGGCUGGAAAUUUCACCAAGAAGAGUAAGGGCUACACUGAUGUCGUGAAGGUUCCCGAGGGCUCGACGCACUUCAAAGUGCGGCAGUACAAACCUAAAGGCCAAACGCGAUACACAGCUUACCUCGCUUUGCGCCGACCCGGUGGAGAAUACCUUCUGAACGGCAAGUUCAUGAUCUCCACAUCAGAGACGGUCAUCCCCCUCAAUGGCUCCGUUCUUAACUACAGCGGGUGGAGCCAGCGAGACGAGUUCCUUCACAGCAUGGGCCCUGGAGCAAUACAAGAAAGCCUGCUGGUGCAGGUGCUCGCCACGGACGCUAAGAAGCCUCUAGACAUCCGUUAUAGCUUCUUCAUGCCCCGUAAAACGCCACUUCCGCCUUGGACGUCCAUCGCAUCUUCGGGCACUGCUGCGGCGCUGUCGUCUGCUGAGAUCUUGACGUUCACUACUGAGGUUCCGGCGACGACGGAGCCUUCGACAAUGAUGCCCCCAGCAGGACCCCAGUGGGUGAUGGGACCAUGGAUGGUGUGCUCUAGGACUUGCGAUACGGGCUGGCAGAGUCGCACAGUGCAAUGCAAAGACACACAGGACAAACUGGCAAAAGGCUGUCCGCUCGGCACCCGGCCUUCGGCGUUCAAACACUGCCUGAUAAAAAAGUGUUGAGGACCGAUGAAACGAACUGAGGAGGGAUGUAGUUCCCGGUCGACCGUGACAGGUGUCCAGCAGAGACACGGGCUACGUGGAGCACAUAGACGCUUACAUGACUGAACCGUUGUUGGUUCGUGUAGACUGACAGUUGUGUUUGUAUAAAUGCUGUUCCAUGAUCUAAACACAAUCGCUGUGGGAUCCCGCAAUUGUGUUGUUUUGCGACUUGGACACAGAGCUUCAGCUCUUGCCUCAAAUGUGGAAAAGUGACCGGCAGAUCGGUCGCUCGAUGUAGCUCUGCCCCUACGACAAAACCGCAACCAUUUCCUGACAACAACCCUUAGCACAGAUAGUACAGUACGUUGACACUGUCAGCAUUUUAGUCGCUGUUUAAAAGUGUUAUUGGUUGCUAGUUGCGCUCCUACUCGACUGCAGUAUCCAAAUGCAUCAGAUCAUGAGCUUCAUUCAUCGUCUUGCGUUGGUAGUCAUCACUGCUCAUUAAGUUGAUCUCAACACAGACUGCCUUUCAUGAAAUGAAAUGACUUCAGGUCGUGUGUCACUGCAAAUCGCCUUGGAUUAAGUGUCUGUCUAUUCUAAAAUAAGCUCAAAGCAAUGCAGACUGCUGAACGUCUAGAGUCGGCAAUCCAAAAAUCUAAUAUGGUUGUUCAGAAAAGAACGUCAGGUUCAGUUUAUCCUGAACGACUGAUUACGACAUCUGAUGUGUGCUCAAGUGUGUGUAUGUUUGGCCACGCCCCCAUUAUUUACGUACAAAAACAUGACCAAAAAAUACCAUGGUAUUUUGGACAGUGGACCAUUAUAGUGCCAGUGUAUGUGAAUUUCAGUGCCAUUGUGUUUGUCAGGGUACCACAGUACAACAAUCUGAUACCUUCAGAGUACAUUUUUAAAAAAUAAAGGUUCCUUAAAGGGACAGUUCAGCUAAAAAUGAAACUUCUCUCACCAUUUAUUCACCCUCAAGUUGUUCCAAACCUAUAUACAUUUUUUUGUUCUGUUGAACACAGAGAAAGAUAUUUGGAAGAAUGUCAGACAUUUUUAGUUCUGGGACAUCAUUCGCUACCAUAGGAAAAAGGUUUUUUUUGUUCUGUUGAACACAGACUUAGAUAUUUUGAAGAAUUUAAGAAUGCAAACCGUUCUGGGGCACCUUUGACUACCAUUUUAUUUUUUCCUACUAUGGUGGUCAAUCAUGUUCCAGAACUGAAACUAACUGUCAUUCUUCCAAAUAUCUUCCUUUUUGUUCAGCAGAUCAAAGUGAUUUAUACAGGGUUGGAACAACUUGAGGAUGAGUAAAUGAUGACAGAAUUGUCAUUUUUGGGUGAACUGUCCCUUUAAAGGUUCUCUGUUGGGCUGUAUGGUUCUAUAAAGAACUUCUAAAAUCCACGGAAUUUUUCUGUGGCACAAAAGGUUCUUUAUAUUGGAAAGAGGUGUUUUUUUAUGCUAUAAACAUGUAAGAAAGAAAUGGGGGUUUUAAGAGCAGUUAAGAACAAGUUUUAGGAAAAAGAACCUGAAAGGUGAUUCUUUCAUGGCGUCCCUUUAGAGAUUCCUUUUUAGCAUCUUUAUUUUUCAGACUGUACUAUAGUAACAUCACUGUGCUUUUUUGAAGUGUCUGUACUCAAGCGUGUUCCCUGAACACUCGCAACCAGCCAAUCAUAUUCAGAAUCACUCCAUUUCCAUGGCAGUGGUGUUUUUGGUCCCCGCACUACUGUUCCGCAGCUUGGCUUCGUUUCUGAGACCAAACUUUAGGAAAUAAUGACACGCAGUGUUUUUAUGCUGCAUGGCUAAAAUAAACAAACAGUCUGGAGGCCUUUUGAUGUGACUCGCUUUAACGGUCGCUGAUGAACUGAACUUCCCUACGCCAGACUACACACAGGUCAGAUGUCGUAAUGCCCCCCUUUCAACUAAGUGUGUGUUAAAGGGAUACUUCACCCAAAAAUUAAAAUUCAGUCAUCAUUUACUCACCUUCGAGUUCCAAAUCUGUAUAAAUGUCUUUUUUCUGAUGAACACAGAGAAAGAUAUUUGGAAGAAUGCUUAUAACCAAACAGAUUUUGCCCCCCAUUGACUCCCAUAGUAGGAAAAAAUACUUUAUCGUUGUUUUUGUUCUGUUGAACACAAAAGAAGACAUUUUGAAGAAUGUAGGACAGCAAACAGUUCUGGGGCACUUUUGACUACCAUUGUUUUUUUUCCUACUAUGGGAGUCAAUGGGGGACAAAAUCUGUCUGGUUAUAAGCAUUCUUCCAAAUAUCUUUCUCUGUGUUCAUCAGAGCAAAGAAAUUUAUUCAGAUUUGGAACAACUCGAAGGUGAGCAAAUGAUGACAGAACUUUCAUUUUUGGGUGAAGUAUCCCUUUAAAGCCUUCACGCUAGUCAUACACUAGAAUAAGCGUGCGUAUGCUCACUUCUUAAAGAUACAGUUCACCCCAAAAUUCUUUCAUCAUUUAUUCACUCUCAUGUCAUUUCAAACCUGUAUGGCUUUCUUUUUUCUGCAAAACACAAAAGAAGAUAUUUUGAAGAACGUUGUUAAGCAAACAACAUUGAUCCUCAUUGACGUCCAUUGUAUGGACACAAAACCACUGAGACAUUUCUCAAAAUAUGUGCAGACGUACAGAAAAAAUAGUCACAUACAGGUUUUGAAAUGACAUGAUGGUGAAUAAAUGAUGACAAAUUUUUUAUAUUUGGGUGAACUGCCCGUUUAAACAAUGUGAUGUGAUGUGAUGUGAGCAAUGUCAGGUGCUUUUCUAAAUUCUCUCUGUCUCUCUCUCUCUCGCUCUCUCUCUAAUCACAUCUCUCCAAAGACGUGUCAUGUGACCUGCGACAGGUGCGAUUCCUCACUGAUAUCUGCGCGGUAAAAGCAACAGUUAAUGCAUCGGUCCAAAAAGUAAUCUUAAAAGUUGAUUCAUUUCAGCACAGAUUCACUUCACUGAACUCAUGAGAUUGGUGAACGGAAUCAAAACUUGAUAUAUUUCAUCUGUAAUUGUAAUGCAGGAAUGUCUUCACUCAUCUCAGCAGAAAAUAGCCGUUGUACUGAAUACACACAGCACUGAUUUUAUAAUUUAUUGUUUGUACUGGUAUGUGAAAAAGAAAACACAUGAAUUUUAUUUAUUGUUCUAGUCACUUUUGUCUCAUAGUUACUAUUUAACUAGAAAUAUGACUGAGCGGAAUAUUUCCUUUCUAAGAAAUUGUUUUUUAAACCAUCUUCAUGAAUAUAUUUGUAUAUAAAAAUCACUAUAUUUAAAAGUU